AAUCCGGCACAACAAAGAGUCGGGACCAAGCGGUGUACUACACGCGACGCAUCUGCCCAAUCGCGUAAUAGGGCCUUCCCUCUAUUAUUUAUUACUCCACCCUGCCCCGAGAAAUCUUGUGAGUUAUGUAAGAGCCUAUAACUCAUUAACUUAUCGGAUCGGAGCAGCGGAUGAUGAUCGACUCAUUUAUCAUCAUUACUCAUGAAUGGACAACGUUGUUUAUUUCCGGUUAGUAUGGGUUCAUUCGUUCGUUCGAGGGUGGUUUUGGUUUUGUUCUGUUUUGUUGUUCGUUCAUUCAACAGUUCGGUUGACUCGGUUGACUAACUUCAGUUUGUCGGAAAGAGUUUUAUCCUUUUCCUUUUUAAUUUUCACUUUUUAUUUUGGUUUGGGUUAAUCUAUACGUGAGGGAUAUGUCAGUUUAAUUUGUUUAUUAUUAGUUAAUACCUUAAUAAUAUGAUAGUGAAGUUUAUAAGAUAUGUCUAGAAGUAGGGGAAUCGAAGCCAAAGUGCAACAAAAAGAAGUUUUGCAGACACGUAGAAACGGAUGGAAUGAGAAUAUCAAAAAUAAAAAUGAAGAUCACUCCAUCUGUCCUAAAGAUGAUGCUGAAAUGCAACAGAUCAAAGAUCUAUUGCAGAAGUUGCCGAAGUUGGACAAGAUCUUCAGCGUGCACCGUAAGAUCGGCGAGGGCACUUUCAGCUCGGUGUACCUGGGGUCGCUGCGGCAGCAUGCGCGUCUUCCGCCCGAUCAGCGCCGCUGGUUCGCCAUCAAGCACCUCGUGCCGACAGCGCACCCGGCGCGCGUCGAGCAUGAGCUGCGCUGUCUGCAGGACAUGGGUGGCAAGAACAAUGUGAUUGGAGUGGACCUCUGUCUUCGUCAUUUGGACACCAUAGUGUUUGUUAUGCCUUACAUACCUCACAGGAAGUUCUCUGAGUACGUGGGCGAGAUGGACGCGGCGGAGCUGGCGAGGUACAUGCGCGCACUGCUCACGGCGCUGCGGCACGUGCACUCGUUCGGGGUGAUCCACCGUGACGUCAAACCUAGUAACUUUCUCUACGACCGCGAGAACAAACGGUACUUGCUGGUCGACUUCGGGCUGGCGCAGCGCGUGGUCGCCGCGCCGGCGCCGCCGCCCGCGCAUAGCAAUACUCUAAAGCGCCCUCGAGAGGAGGACGAAUCUACGCAAGAGCCUAAGAGAAUCGCUUUGGACCUGAGGACGGGCCCGAGGAGCGUCAACGUGGCGCUGCCCCGGCCGCCCGCGCCGGGCUGCGCGUGCGCCGGCGCGGGCGGCGUGUGCGCGGCCUGCGCGGCGCGCCCGCCGCCGCGCGCGCCCCGCGCCGGCACGCAGGGCUUCCGCCCGCCCGAGGUGCUGCUGAAGGUGUCGGCGCAGACGACGGCGGUGGACGUGUGGGCGGCCGGCGUGGUGCUGGCGAGCGUGCUGUGCGCUCGGUACCCCUUCUUCCGCGCGGCCGACGACGUGGCGGCACUCGCCGAGCUGCAGGACCUGCUCGGCACGCAGCCGCUGCAGCGAACCGCCGCCGCGCUCGGGCGGCGCCUGGUGACAUCGGUGUGUCGUCCCGGCGUGUGCCUGCGCAAGCUGUGCGCGCGCCUGCGCGGCGCCGCGCCCCCGCCCGCUGCCCCCGCGCCCCCGCCCGCUGCCCCCGCGGCCCCCCCUGGCCGCGCAUGCGCGCGCUGCCGCCUGCCGCCCGAGCACUGCCUGUGUCGGGACCACACCGUACCGGCCACGCGCAUCGCGGAGGGCGUGACGGUGGCGGGGUUCCCGGACGCGGCAUUCGCACUGGCGGCGCACCUGCUGGAGCCCGACCCGCGGUUGCGCCCUACGGCCGCGCAGGCGCUCGAACACCCGUUUCUGCGUGAGGUUUGAUUAUUAAUCGAUUUCCUUUAUCGAGACGACCGACAGUAUUGUUAUGUGCGCGCGAAAGGCUGCGUUUCCAUUGACACGGAGCUGCGCGGAGGAGCAAAGAUGUGCCGGAAUCGAGCAAUCACCGUGAGGGAGAGAGUGACAGAGCGUCUUCGUUUUUCGUUCUCUCGAACGCUGUAACUGGUAAAGUCCGCCCAUCUCUGCGUCAGUGGAAACCCGGCCUAAGAUUGACGAGGAAAACGAAUGACUAUUUACGAUUAAGUACCCUCGAAUGUCUAUGUAUAUUAUCUUAACAUGAGUUUCCAAAAACAUCGGGUUUGUGGCAAUUCGAUGGGAUCUAGAAAAUGAAUUGCCCCUAUAUGUCGAAUCUAUUCUCUGAAGAUGUUUGUUUUUAUACUUUUUAUUCCAUUUAACUCGAGUUCGGUAUAGUUCUGCAAAUCAAAAAUGAUAGCAAUUACAACAAUAUUUAAAAAGCUAAGGUUAAAACGCAUUUUUUUUAAAUUUAUAAAUGAUAUUUAAAAAAUACUUUCUAGUGUAGAGAAUAAAACUGCACCAAACAUUUUAAAAUGGACAUAUAGGGAGCAUAAGCUGAACGGCUCUAUUUUAGUGUUAUGAUAUACCUAUAACUGUAACAAAUUGAGCCUUUCUUUAGCCACACUUAUUAUUUUCCCACAUGUACAAUUUCUGUGUUUGUUUUAAUUUUAAUAUAAGAUACGUAAAUGUCGGCGUCAACUUGCGGCGGCUGUGGCUGUGACCCUUUUGGGUUUCUUACAUAUUGUCAGUUUCAGUGUAUUACAUUGAGCUUAGCUGAUGUACUGAGAAUAUUGUUGAUUAGUUAUAUGGCAGAUCUCAAAGUUAACUUUAAUGACAUGUUGAGUACAAAGUAGUUUAUAGUGAAGGAAACACAGCUGAGGCAGCAAAGUAUUGCAGCCAACCAAUGUUGUAAAGUGAUAGCUGUGUGUUGUGUAAUAUAAGUGCCUUAACUAUUGUGUUCGGUAGGAUACCAUGUUGUUACCUCAUUGUUAAGGAGCUUUUUUACAAUAAAGGAUAUAAAAUUUA